UGUUGGGUUCAGCCUUCUUCAGCCUGCCCGGCCCGACAGUGGUGACACGUUCAUGAUCCUCUUGUUUAUUGCUUCCAGGCAGACGAGACUCAUUGACACAAUAUUCCCGCCUCCUGCCUUCCCCCCACAAAGCAGGAGAGGAGUCCCAGGGCCUACCUGACGUUAUUCCCCCGACUCGAGUUUCUUCUGUUGUUAUUCUGCGGCUGGUAGUCUCAGUUUCUUGUCUUUCUCGGUGUCCGGGAUUCUCCACAUUCCGUGCUCGCCAAACGGUGACGCAAUGAAAGGCGCGGGCCGUGAAAAAGUCCUCCAAAGACGGUAACAACAGAAGCUCAUUAUUUUGCGUGCAGCCGGCAAACUCUGCGGGCUUUGCUCCGACUCGUCUUUAUCUAUGGCCGUUCUGGUGUGACUGUCGCUUUAUCGUUCGUCAACGCAGACAAAUAUGUGAACAAUUUUUCGACAUGGCUGUUGGUUGUGAAAGUGCUGCCUUGGUUCGUCUCUUCGUUUCAACCCAAGCCUGGUAGAGAGGCGGCUCUUGCUCUCAGUUCUCAGAUAGCGACAGUGUGUCGUAGGCCGCGCAGCUGUGUGUCCGCCAGUUUUUUCAUUCCUCGAGGAAGAAUACAGCGUUUGGUUUUUUAAGGCUUUACUGUCGAUGCUUCUCUUCUUUGAGGAUUCACCACAGUUUUAUAUUCUCUGUCCUACAGUGGAAAAAUAAAUAUUUUUUAACGGUAUUCACCAAACUUGUUCCAUACUCGUGGUUUGAAGUUGCGGUUGUCGGUAUUGUUCACUCGAUUGUUUUUGUGGGAGCAGCAAGGUUCUCGAUCCCGGAUAAGCGUCUCUUAUGGCUACGACAUUUUCAGGCGAAAUCUAGAUCUAGUUGUUUACUAGUGACAGAACCAUGGGUAUCGAACAGCUCCAAGAGAGCAUCUAUGAGCACAGUAGGGAGGGGCUACUGACCGGGGGCAGGUGGUUGGACAUGCAGAACUACAGGGACCCACCCCCCUACCCUGGUCACUCCAAGCAGGUUUUCACCAACCAGCCUGGAUUUCGACAAAGUUUCUCGGGCAGUGAGACCAGCACAGAUGUGUCCCUCUCAUCCACGGAGAACCUGGCCACCUCCCAGCGCCAAGAGCCGCAGGGGGAGGAAACUCAGACCUCCCUGUACAGCCACUUGGAUCUGGGCGCUGAUGGGAGCAGCUACAGCAUCCUGGCCCGCCUGGGCAUGCCUCCUGGGGCCAUCGACUCGGCAGGGAAGUUCUCGUCUGCUGGCCGCGGCUCUGCCAGUACCACCAUGUCGUACAUGAACCCGUCCUCGCCGUACGGGCCCGACCGCUCCCAGCAGCUCCAGAUGUCCACCAGUGUUGUGGGAAAAAGCAAGCUUGGCCCAUCGAUGGCCUCUCCGUCCCCGCUCGGCUCUCAAGGCCACCUGACUGUUCCGCAGUGGCAGGUUCAUCAUCGCGCCGCUGGUGGUGGUGGCGGGGGGUACAUGCAUCUGCAGUCGUCAAACGAAGGAGGAGAAAGUGGCAUUGGAGAGUUCACUUCCUCUUCUUCCUCCUCGUCGGCUUCGCGCAGCGCAAAGGAAUUUUCGUCCUCUUCCUCCUCCUCAGCCUCCACAGUGACUUUACUGAGUGGCGGGUCUGGGGGUGAGUAUCCGUCUUACGUCACCUCCUCGGCACGGACUGGUUUAGUUGCCUCGAGUGCAGGAGGGCUUCCUGGAGGGGCAGGGGUGGGAGGAGUGGUAAUUUCCUCCUCCCUGUCCUCCUCCUCCUCUUCUUUGUCAACUCACCAUCAGUAUUUAUCACCGCGUGUGCCACCGGUGUCCACCUACCACCACCCCCACCCGUACGUGAACACGCACUGGACAAUGGGCAGUGGGGACUCGUCCAGCUCUCAGACCCCUCCUCUGUCAUAUCUGGGCAACCUCCCUCCCCCGCCGGAGUACCCUGGGGCUGUUGGAGGGAUGCCUGGAGAUGUCACGGCUGCUGAUAAGUCGACGGACAUUCGGACGUGCCGCUCCUAUGAGAUGAUGGAUAAAGUCAAUACUCAGCAGUGUCAUCCUGAUCUCAGACUCUGUGCGUCCAGUCCAGGGAUAUACGUCCAUGACACUAAGUUCUCUAGCCCAGAUAGGAGCACCAACACAAGUGCUGAUGACAAUGACCAGGCCAGUAUUGCUGCCAAAGCCAGCCAGAUGGUAGAAAUGCUGACGGAGGAGAACCGUGCUCUGAGGGAAGAGCUGGCUAUUUCAUCCGUCAAGGUGGCAAGGUUGCAGAAACUGGAGAUGGAGAUCCACAAGGUCCACGACUCGCACACCGGCCUCAUCAAGUCAUCGCAGAAGAGAGAGGCGCUGUGGCAGGCUAUGAAGAGAAAACUGGAGGAGAGGAUACAGGUCUUGGAGGGUCACGGAGGGCCAGGCAAGUCAGAUUCUGGAAAGUCCCAUCACUCCUCUUCAUCCUCCGACAGUGAGUUCCGUGCCAAGUUGGCUGAGAAAGAUGCUCUCAUUUCUAAACUUCUGUCUCAAAAUCAAGAGUUGAGCUUGGCCAAAGAUCAGAUGGAGGGAGAAAAUGCUCAGUUGAACCUGUCGGUGGCGGAGCAGCGAGCUCACGUGGACAUCUACGAAAACGCACUGUUGAACGCACAGAGCAAGGUCCUCACCUUGGAAGAAGAGCGUGGGAAGAAACAGUCGUACCUGGACAAAGUGGAGCAGCUGCAGGGGGCGCUGGCCUCUCUCCAGGCGGCCAGUGAGAAACAGGAAAAGAAAUCGCAGGAGAUGAGGGGGCGGCUAGAGAAAGAGCUGGAAAUGUACAAAGCCCAAGAGAAGAGUGGUGUAAGUAAACGAGCUGAGACAGGGAGAGAUGAUGGGAAGAGCGUAGGAAUGCUUCGCAAAAUGCUUGAUGAGAAGGAUGCUCGGAUUAUGCAGCUGGAGACAGAGAUUGCAGAGUUGGAACAAAAGUAUGUGAAAGAGGCAACCUUAAGACAGCUGAACAUGGAUGAAACACCUCAGGCUCCAAAGGAGGUACGUCUGGCGGCGCUAGAGAAGAGCUCCUCAGACAUGGGCAAGCUGAUCGACGAGGCCAAGACGGAGAAACUGAAACACAUGGAGGAGCUGCAUCAGUCGCAGAGGAAGGUGGCGGAGCUGGAGGCCAAGGUGAAGCAACUCCAGACCCAGGUGGUUGAGAAGGAGGCCAUGGUGAAGGUGUUCCAGCGCUCCCCGCUGGCUCUGGCGCGGAGCUCCAGCCUGCACGCCCUGUGCCACUCCCCGCUACACUCCCCGAGACCCUCACUCAUCGCAUCACACGCCUGGCAGGGCAGCAGUCCCUCCGGGGACUUGGGGGUGGCGGGAGGCUGCAGGGAGUUUGCCACCAUCAGACAUAUGAAGACUGGUAGCGCAAGUGCUAUAGAACUGGGCCGCAAAAUGUCUAUGGAGGAGGAUCUACUUACCAAAGUGCAAAAUCUGAACUCUGAGAGUAAAAGUGACUCAGAGGAUGAGGUGAAGCUGUGGCAUGUGUAGAGGACUUUCUCUUUCUCUCCUCCCCCUCGUCCGUCAACUGUUGAUCUGACUCGCUCUGGCCUCGUGGCCUCACGUCUGUCGUCACUUAUGAUGUCAGGCAGUGACAGGCACAGCUGCUCAAGAUGUGAGAGAUGUCUGACAACACUGGCCGUGUUCAGCUGUGAGAGAUGUCUGACAACACUGUCCGUGUUCUGUGAGAGAUGUCUGACAAGUUCACUGGCCGUGUUCAGUGUGAGAGAUGUCUGACAACACUUUCACUGUGAGAGAUGUAUGACAACACGUUCACUGGCCGUCCUUAGCUCUCACACAAAUCCUCAGCUCUCACACGAAGCAUGCUGUAGGAGGCAACUGACACCAGUUGUACAACAUCAUUAAUGUACCCGCUGGUGAGGCAUUGAGGGACUUGUCUUAGACUGGUGGAUGACUAACCCCCUUUACUCAUCCAUGGGCAGUUGUAACCGCUGAACAUGCAAACAGGUGCUCUUCCUUGAUUCUGAUAAUCAGGGUGUUCCUAAAGCAGUGCAUAACGAAGUCUAUGGUUCUUAAGAAAAGAGAAUGACAUUUUUGUUUUGAACUAGCUACAUGAAUAGAACGUCCAUUCUUUUCUCGCAUUAAGGGAGCGUUGUCUCAGAUUGUGUGUGACAAGCAGGGUAAUUCUGCCCUGUUUUUACUGCAUAUUUCGAAAUAAUUCUUUCAAAAUGAAUCCCUUCACUAAUGCAUGAUUUUUUGGCAUUUCAAUGUCUCCUGAGCCUUAGAAUGGUCACCAACACCGAUCAGGUUAUCCUAGGAACAAAUAGGUAAUCUUUUGUUACAUAUCCUAGAGUGUUGUGUGUGCUCUUCUCAUGCUUGCUGUAGUUGCCUUUGGGUGCACUGCUGGUUGGAACACUCUAAGGCGCGACCAGGACCCUCGUGUUGUGCUCGUCACGCCGUCCUCAAUGCUACCACACAGUUCUGAAUUACAGUUCCCCAAAGCCAACACAGUAAGUGAAUUGUUUACGGGGGGAAGGGGGAGAGAGAAUUACAUUUCCUGACCCUCUUUGAAAUACAUAAUUUGUAGUUGGAUUAUGGGUCUUGCGGUACAGUUAUUUAGUUUCAAUAUCUGUACAAAGAUUUGAUACUCUAGGUUUGAGAAGGGUUGCUUUCGUUUUCGUGCAUGUUCCUCUGGUUGUUAUAUUAUGCCAGGCUAUAUGUGCAAGUUUUGUCUCCUCAAACCUUCACUUGAGAAUCUUUUUUUUUUUUUUAUAUAACGGAUAUUGUGAACAAAACCAUACUAACAUGUCUGGUAAAGAUACCAACAUACUAAUAUAUCUGUUAAAGAAGUCAAUUUUCGUCAAUUUAUUGUUUUUUUUAUUAUUUGAGAAACAAAAAAACAAGAACUGAAAACCUGCUUUACCUAAUCUCUAGUCAUAGUCUUGUUAAAUCAAAUCAACCAAGCUGAAGUUUUAUUACAUGUCAGCACAACUGUGAAAGGUUUUGUGAAGUCUCCGUAUCUCGACUGACUGACUCUUCGGUGGCCUCACUAUGCCCAUAGCAUAUCUUCUCACUGAAAUUUGUUGCACGAGUCUCUGGAUUUGGGUUAGUCUAUGGUUUUGAUGGUAUACCUUUGACUUUUUUCCAGGUUUCUUUUUCUGUGCCGGUCUUUCUCACCUCAGCACAAAUGUUUUUUUCUUCUCUUUUUUUUUGUGUGAUUUUUGCUGUUUAACGACUGCUCAGUGUUAGACUGUCAUAUAUCACUCUUAAAAAUGGCAUAUGGCAGAGUCUUACAUUAAGCAUUCGAUAUGUUUUGUAUUUUACUCGAGAGCCAAGAACAAAAUCCUUUGGCACGUGUUGUCAUUUUGGACUUGCACUCAAGCCCUUUCUGGAAACAGUUCAGUAAAGUAAGCAUUUUGUGCACCUGAAGGCCUUAUUUAUGGUCAGUUGUGGUGGAUGCUCUUAUCGCAUAACUCAAUGUAUACUACAGCGUGUAAGACUCCCUCAUAAGUCAUUCUUCAAAGUGGCGUAUGGUGGAGUCUUGCAAUAGGCAGUUGGUAUGUGAAUCAGUUUUGUCUUUUUUCAAAUUAUUGCUCUUUUUACACUGAGAGUGUGAGGCCUAUUUGGAAUACUUAUGUAUGUAUCCAAGGAAUUUGUUCUAAAGGUAGAAAAGUCUCAUGAUUUUCAAGAGUACAGCCAUGGUAUGAUUUUGCAUUGAAAAUGUCCUAUAUGGUUUUAUUGACAGAGAUGUUUUACAUAUUUCCAGAAUAGGUCUGUAUGCACAGAUGCCUUGUAAAUUUCCUCAGUGACAUAAGCCCUUGUGGCUAAGUAGCCGUGGGAGAGUUGAGGCCAGCUGUUCCCUCGAAAGGGCUCGGUUGUAGUUUUAUAGGGUCAAUGUUUUUUUACUGGACAAGAAGUCCUGGUAGUAUCAGAGAUUGUCUGAUAGUGCUACCAGUCCUUUCUGUGGCAUUGCGGUAUGGAGGUUAUUUUUGAUCCAGGCUGUAAAAUAAUAGGGUGGGGGGAUCAUGUUUAUGUUAUAUUCAAAAUUUCACUCUUGGGGUUGAAUUUGAAUCUACCUUAUCCACAGCGUAUGUUUUAUUUUAGAUUUGCCUGCUGUGCAUUAAGUUGGAAAGCUUUCAACACAGCUGUAAGAUCUCUUUUGCCUCAAAAUAGCUCUAUUUCAUUCCAAUUUUGAAAAAAAAAAAAGCACUUUUUGGACAAAAGUACGGACUAAAUGCUGUGUCAUUUUCAAAUUAAAUCUAGACAUUGGUGACAUUGGAAUUGGAAUCAAUAUUUAUAGAGCUCUCAGCUUACCAGUUAGUCAUUUUUGGUAUCAUGUUUGGGAGUUAAAUAAAUUAGGUUGAUUUUUUUUUUUCGGUUGGGGGGCAGACACAAAAAGUGUCUUCUACUGAGUGGAAGUGCUGUGGCCCGAGUUGAGAUAUUCUCACGUGAAGGAAAAAUUUCUGGUUAAUACUCACACUGGUGUAAGGGUGACAUUCCCUCAGUACUUUUUGCUGAAUGUGCCUUUCUGCACAAUUGUGUGUUUUUUAAACCGUGCAUGUGUACAUGUUUUUAUAUUGACUGCUGAGUGUGAGACUCACAUCAGACGUCACUUUUCAAAAUUUUGUAUGGUGGAGUCUUACACUAAGCAGUGGAUGUAUGUACACAUACAUAUAUUAUUAAAAAUAUUAUAUAUAAAUUACUGUGAUUGUGUAUGUGACAUUUUUCUAUGCUUCGUCUCUCAUGUUGGCACAUUUCUAUAAAGAUGACUUUUCCACUGGUUAAGGUCACAAGUUUCCCAGUGGGAAACUGAUGUUGUACUUAAGUCUCCAGCUUUACUUGGAAAAUGUUCCUAGACUCAUGACUUUUUAUAUAUAUAUAGUAAGUUCUUAGUACUACUUGUUAUUGUACUAUUUGUUACCGUAGCACUUGUUACUGUGUGCUGUGUGUGCCUUUGUAGACUUUGGCAAGCAAAUCAGUAUUGUGUUGUAGCCAUACCUUGUUGUUUUUUAACUAGCAGAGAGGCACUUAAAGAGGCAUAAUGAAAUGGGGGGGUUUUUUGUCGUUGUUUUUUGGUUGUUUGUUGUUUUUGUGUGUAAUUUGUGUUUCACUCAUCACUAUAAGUCACGGAGAGAGAAAGAAAGAACGAGAACGAAUCAAGCAAUAGAGUGAAAGGGAAAAAUGAACAGGAGCGAGAUUUGUGAGAUUUCAUUUUCAUGAAACGGAAUAUUUAAUGAUUCAGAUUUAUUGUUGAAAUGUUACGAUUAUGGUUUGUAGAAAAUUGUCCAAAGCGAUUCUCCUCUCUAUGCACGUGUACAUAAUAAUUGUUUGUUGGUAUUGUUAGCUGUUGACAAAAUGGUGCUAACUUCAUGCAUUUAUUGUUGUACAGAAUGCUAUGUUAAUGCAAAUGUUUCAAUGGUGUGAAUUUUUCCUGAUCUGUUUCUAUGUAUCUCGUGUGCUGUUUUCUGUUAAUAUUGUCUUUUUACUAUGUUAAUGUUGACAGUGUGGAAUGUUUCUGUGUUUGAGGAUGCCAUUAUCGUACAUGUCAUCAUCUGGUGGCCGGUUGAUUUCACGGUCACUCCUCUCUCUUUCUUGAAAAAACAAUUUGGGAUUUUUGGGAGAAAAAUUUUUAUAGCACACAUCUGUUGCUCUCGCCUGUUCUGGUCGAAUGCCAUGUCUGUGCCAGGGCAGCACUUGUAGACCACCUUCCCCUCCACACACACACACACACACACACACACACACAAACACACACACACACACAACACUCACUCACACACACAAACACACACACACACACACACACACACACACACACACUGACACACACACCACCCCUCACGGGAUCUAUUUUCAUUACAUCUACGCAUGACUUGUCCUUUUGAAACAAAUGCUGUGCGGGUUGGCGUGUAGAAAGUGCUGAAUUGUCUGUAUGUUGUGCUCUUUGUAGCUUUGAAAUGUUGCCUGAUCAGUGAUGGGCUGCUCAGCUACACUAAGUUCUUUGUGGAUCACAAAGUUUUCGUGGCAGUUGGGCACCUAGUCUAGGAGGUUUCCCCCCCCACAUAUAUUUUUUAUUGGUUUGGAUUUGAGGUUGGGUUUGGUUUGGGUUUUUUUUUUAGCUUUGUAGGAUUUUUAAAGUUUGGACCCAAAUUAAAUUCCCCUCUGGUGUGGCCUUAUCGUGUGUAUAGAAAGGUGUGCUGUCUCUGCACUGUACAUGUUUUUAGAACAGUUUGGGGAGCGUGUGUAGACCAUAGAAUAGUGACCCCCUUAGAAACUCCAAACUGUAAUUCCUAUCCCUACACGGCUUGAUCAGCGUCGCAUAAAAUAAAAAAAUAUCAAUGUAUUAACACCUCUCCCAGGAAUGAAACUGGCAAGGUAUUAACUGACCUGUCUCUGUGGAAUGAAAGGCUUACUGAUCUCUGCGUACUACUUAUGACAGAAGGUGCUCUUGUGUCUACCCGCGAAACAGGCGUGAUUUGAGAAAGCAAGAUGUUCCGACAGACUACUUAAUUCUCUUUUAGAUAUAUUAAAUUCAGGUACCCUUAGCUCGGGUUGGUCCUGAUAGGCAGCGUCAGACAGAAGCCUGCCUUCUUUAUGAUGUAAAAUAGUACAAUGGUGGCGUAAAAACACCUACAUUAAAAAAAAAAAUGAUGAUAAAAUGAAAUGCUCAAUGGCACAGCGAAGCGUUGUUGUGAUCCGUGUGACUUGAGUGAUUGUCCUCUCUAGUACGGAGUGCCCUUUGGGGGAUCAGUUCUUUCAUACAGACCUAUCACCGCCCGAUCGCCCGACUCAUCGCCUGAAAACAAACGCGUUUGUUUUUGAGACGACGAGUCAGGCGAUCGGUUUGUGCCAUUAUAGCUGCUUUGUGCCCUCAAUCUGGCUAGCAAACCGAACCGAACCGAAUCGAUCGUGCCAGUGAGCACUGGGUAUUAGGGAGUGUGGAACUCUUCUGUUUAGAUAGGGAACAUUUAUGGGGGCCUGGUACGUGUGGUGGUUGGAGGGUCCCACUGGAAGGUCCUUCUUCCUUUUCUUUUCCUCUUUUUGUUUCUGUCUUUUGCUUUUCUGUAAAAAAGAAAGAAUGUAAUUUGUAGAUCUACAAAUCUCGACUGCUAAGUGUAAGACUCUGUUAUAAGCCAUCUUUGAAAAGUUUCUUUUGGUGGAGUCUUACAUUGAGCCAGUUGAUUUGUCUUGCUCUUUGGCAGCACACGAAAUGAUGGUUUGAUUAAUGUCCUGUGUCUCUUUUCUCUAACCAAAAUCCUAGCCAGGCAGGUGAAAUUUUGUACUAGUUUAUAGCAACAGUAAUGAUUUUGUUUGGUUCUGGACUUGAUGCUGGGUGUGAUGUGAUGAUAUGCUGUACUAAACUUGAUGUGAACUCAACCAAGACACAUAAUAUAUUAUAAUGCAACUGUACUGACUUGUCUCUUCUUUGUGAUUUCUUCUAUGAGUGUUGUCAAUUAUGAGUGUUGUUUUUUAAAAAAUAAUUUAUUGCAAACAAUGCCCCUGAGAAAGAUGAAUACAAUAACUGAUGAUAAUACA